GAGGCGCGGCUGUGGGUGUGGUUCUCUCUACAGCACAAGUUUGGAACAUUGACCCCAGAGAGGCUGCUGUCCUCUAAUAUGAAUGUCAUUUAUUCUGAAAAUAGGUAGAGCUUAUUCGCCUAGGCGCAUUGAGGUGUACUGUACAUUGUCUCAGGGCUGUUAUUGCACCGUUGGAUUAUUUUAGUCCAGAAAAUUAAAAGCCAAACGCAGAGAUGGGGCUUGUGCAGAUGCUAAAAUCUCAGUUUGUGCUUCACCUGUUAAUGGUCUAUGUUUUCAUGGCCAGUGGUGUCAUUGUUAAUCUCCUACAAUUGUGUACUUUACCUCUGUGGCUUGUCAGUAAACAACUUGCCCGAAAAGUCAACAUUCGAUUGGGCUACUCCAUUAUGAGCCAAAUGGUUGCACUGCUGGAGUGGUGGUCUGCCACAGAGUGCACACUUUACACAGACCCUAAGAGUUACCCUCUUUAUGGAAAAGAAAAUGCUAUAGUCGUCCUUAACCACAACUUUGAGAUUGACUUCCUGUGUGGUUGGACCUUCUGUGAACGAUUUGGGGUUCUAGGGAGUUCAAAGGUGCUUGCUAAAAAGGAGUUGGCUUAUGUACCGGUGAUUGGAUGGAUGUGGUACUUCCUGGAGAUAGUGUUUUGCAAAAGAAGGUGGGAGGAUGACAGAAAAACUGUAGCUGAAAGUCUCCAAAAUUUGCACGAUUAUCCAGAAAACUUUUGGUUUUUGCUUCACUGUGAAGGGACACGUUUUACACCAAAGAAGCACGAGAUCUCGAUGCAGGUGGCAGAGAGCAAAGGUCUUCCAAAACUGAAGUAUCAUCUUCUACCCCGUACCAAAGGAUUCUGGGUAACGGUCCAGAACCUCAGAGGAAAUGCUGCUGCUGUGUACGAUUCAACUCUAAAUUUCAGAAAUAAUGAGGCCCCAACUUUGCUGGGACUCUUGAAUGGGAAGAAAUACCAUGCCGAUUUGUAUGUGAGAAGAAUCCCUCUGGACACAAUCCCUGAAGGGGAGGCAGACUGUGCAGCUUGGCUACACAAACUCUACCAAGAAAAAGACAGCUUUCAAGAGCACUAUGCCCAGACGGGAAGGUUCCCUGGGCCCAUUAAAAGCCCCCCGCGCCGGCCCUGGUCUCUGAUCAACUGGCUUUGUUGGUCCUGCCUGCUCCUCUUUCCGUUGUUCCUGCUUUUUGCACGACUGGUUAGCUCUGGUUCAACGGUAACCAUAGCGACUACAGUGGCCUUCUGCAUUGCAGUGUCAGUGGGGGCUCGUUGGAUGAUUGGCCAGACUGAGAUAGACCGAGGCUCCAGUUAUGGAAACAAGGAGGUCUCUAUCAACAACAACUAAGGCCUGCACAGCUGCUGCCCCUUUAAACACUAAUACAGAACUAACUGCACCCCCAUCUCAUGGGACAGGGCAGGUCCCGCAAGUGUGGGCCUGCUUCAGAGCACAACAAAGGUGGAGAUUCUGUUCAGCAAUACUAAAGCUAAGGCUAAGAAGUAGAUGGCCGCUUGUUUAAGCUUGUUGCAAAAGAUUGGCCAAUAUAAGGGUAACAGACAUAAAACAAAUCUACCACAAAACUGGGUACUAUUACUCAACUUGAAAAUGAGAACAGGUGUAACUUGAAAAGUUUGAAACUUUAAAAUUUUGUUUUUUUCUUUUUGUAAAUCUCCAUAUUGUACCUCAUGUUUAGUUGUACAUUUCAUUAAUAAACCAUUGUGGACAUGAGUAAAUAAUCCUCAAGAAUUAUUGAAAUUCAUGUCUGCAACAAAUCAACUGAGGUUUCUCAAUAUAAAAACUUAACUACUAUGUCUUACCAGGUUAAAUAGCACUGGUUUACUAGAAACUAAAACUCCAGGAAAGUAAAAAUGAACAUGCAAUAUAACUUCAUUUAUAAAUGUAUAUAUAAUUUGCACAAAUACCAUGUAUGACUUGUGCAAGUAUAGUACUUUCCUCUGGGGAUAGAGAAGUAUGUGCUCUGACAAACCUACUCAUUUGCAAAUCAAAUUGGUUUCACAGUAAUGCCGUGUGGGUUUUGGCAAUAAAUUACACUAUCAACU